AGCACUACUGCCUCGUUUAUAAACCUUAAGAGGCUACUCUCGCCUCUCAUUCUCUCUCUCGCUCUACAAAACACCCUCUCUCUCCUCCUGAGUUCGGCCAGCGAGAGAGCUUCCUGAGUCUUCGAUUCUUCUUCAUCUGCGAAAGGUUUUCUAACAAAGUGAAGAAUGGGUAAGGAGAAGGUUCACAUAAACAUUGUGGUCAUUGGCCACGUUGACUCUGGCAAGUCAACCACCACUGGGCAUUUGAUCUAUAAGCUUGGAGGUAUUGACAAGCGUGUCAUUGAGAGAUUCGAGAAGGAGGCUGCUGAGAUGAACAAGAGGUCAUUCAAGUAUGCCUGGGUGUUGGACAAGCUGAAGGCCGAGCGUGAACGUGGUAUCACUAUUGAUAUUGCCUUGUGGAAGUUUGAAACCACAAAGUACUAUUGCACAGUUAUUGAUGCUCCUGGACAUCGUGAUUUCAUCAAGAACAUGAUCACUGGUACUUCCCAGGCUGACUGUGCCGUCCUCAUCAUUGAUUCCACCACUGGUGGUUUUGAAGCUGGUAUUUCCAAGGAUGGUCAGACCCGUGAGCAUGCUUUGCUUGCCUUCACUCUUGGUGUCAAGCAAAUGAUUUGCUGCUGCAACAAGAUGGAUGCCACUACCCCAAAAUACUCGAAGGCAAGGUAUGAAGAAAUUGUGAAGGAAGUCUCAUCCUAUCUGAAGAAGGUUGGAUACAACCCUGACAAAAUCCCAUUUGUUCCCAUCUCUGGUUUUGAGGGAGACAACAUGAUUGAGAGGUCUACAAACCUUGACUGGUACAAGGGCCCAACUCUUCUUGACGCUCUUGACAUGAUCUCGGAGCCCAAGAGGCCCACAGACAAGCCCCUCCGUCUACCACUUCAAGACGUCUACAAGAUUGGUGGUAUUGGAACUGUCCCAGUGGGACGUGUUGAGACUGGUGUUCUCAAGCCUGGUAUGGUUGUUACCUUUGGACCAACCGGCCUGACCACUGAAGUCAAGUCAGUGGAGAUGCACCAUGAAUCUCUCCAGGAAGCCCUGCCCGGUGACAAUGUCGGGUUCAAUGUGAAGAACGUUGCUGUCAAGGAUCUCAAGCGUGGAUAUGUUGCUUCCAACUCCAAGGAUGAUCCUGCCAAGGGAGCUGCCAGCUUCACCUCUCAGGUUAUUAUCAUGAACCACCCUGGCCAGAUUGGAAAUGGUUAUGCUCCAGUUCUUGACUGCCACACCUCCCACAUUGCUGUCAAGUUUGCUGAACUCCUGACCAAGAUUGAUAGGCGAUCUGGCAGGGAGGUUGAGAAGGAACCCAAGUUUUUGAAAAAUGGUGAUGCAGGGAUGGUGAAGAUGAUGCCAACCAAACCCAUGGUGGUGGAGACUUUCUCCGAGUACCCACCCCUUGGUCGUUUUGCUGUGAGGGACAUGCGCCAAACUGUGGCUGUAGGAGUUAUCAAGAGUGUUGAUAAGAAGGAUCCCUCCGGUGCCAAGGUAACCAAGUCUGCUGCAAAGAAGAAAUGAUGUGGUGUUGAAGAGUUUCUCUCACUAGUUGAACAACUGGUCUAUUUUCCUUCCCCUCUAGUUAUUUUUGGACUUCGUUUUCUGCCAUUCUAGCAGUUUUGUUUAUUGUUCUGGAAGCUUCUGUCACUGCUCUUUUAGGCUCACUUGCGAGGACAGUCGAACCAUUGAUGGAAAAGAGGCAUUUGCCGUUUCUUAAUUUGGUUUUUAUUGCAAUGAGAUGAGUUGUAGUUGGUGUCAUUAAAACUUCAGUUUGUUGUGAACUCGCGCUUUUUACAAUUAUACUACUUUCUUCUCUGUUUGAGUUUA